AUGCAUUCGCGCUCGAGCACUACCGCGAAACACGUAGUGAACGCGUACGUGUUACCAAGACUCACCAGCCGCAUCCCAGCAACGCGGGUGCGCGCCGAUUCCUGGACGCACCUCGGCGGCCUCGAACUCGCCGAUCCGACUUUCUCGACGCCAGGUCGGAUCGAUCUCGUGCUCGGUGCCGAUAUUUACGGGGCCCUGCUUCGCGACGCGAUCCGCCGGGGCCCGUCACACUCGCCCGUCGCGCAACUAACGUCGCUGGGCUGGAUCAUCUCCGGCCCAGCUCUCGAGUCAGCUCAGCGUCGGACAGUCGCGCCUGCUCGACGCUCGUUCAGCGCGACGCCCGAUCACGAUCUCGCGGAGCUCCUCUCUCGCUUCUGGAAGCAAGAAGAGGUCUUGCCGUCAUCGCUGCCGUGCCUGACGCCGGAAGAGGAGGACUGCGAACAGCAAUUCGCAUCCACGCAUUCGCGAACUCCUUCCGGACGGUACGUUGUGCGGCUGCCGUUCCGCACAUCGCCAGAAUCGCUUGGAGACUCGCGCGCUGCAGCACUGAAGAUGAACAGCGCGAUGCAGCGGCGUUUCGUUUCCGACAGCUCGCUUGCCGACCUCUACUCGGAGUUCAUGCUCGAGUAUGAGACACUCGGGCACAUGCAGCGUACUCCCGCGACGGACAGUGCUACCGCGAGUUUCUUCCUGCCGCAUUACGGCGUCAUUCGAGCUGGGUCGACACCCAGCAAGAUCCGCGUCGUAUUCAACGGUUCGAUGCGCGCCACGUCUGGAGUCUCGCUGAAUGACUGCCUCCAUGUCGGUCCGAAACUGCAGCCAGACCUCGCUGAUGUCAUUCUGCGAUGGCGACGGCACCAGUUCGUGUUCCUGGCGGACAUUCAGAAAAUGUACCGUCAGGUUCUGGUGCAUCCGAUGGCCCGCCGAUUCCAGAGGAUCUUGUGGAGCCGCGAUGGAGCACCGGACGAAUACGAGCUCACUACCGUGACUUACGGUCUCGCGUGUGCGCUCUUCCUCGCCCAGCGGGUCAUUCGACAGGUCGUUCAGGACGAGGCAAGGCGAUUCCCUAACGCUGCCGACACCGUGAACGAGGGGAUGUACGUCGACGACGUUCUCUCUGGAGGCGACACGGUACAGCUCGCUCAAGAAAAGGCACGCGCCGUGAAUCAGUUGCUCAUGGCGGGCGGCUUUCCAUUGCACAAGUGGGUGGCCAACUGUGAUGACGUGCUUGCCGACAUCCCGACAUCUCAGCACGGUGAGCCUCUUCCGCGUGAACUCGGCGACGACGUUGUCGCCCGCGCUCUCGGACUCACUUGGCAUCCGCGCCAGGACGCGUUCGUGUUCCGUCUACGCCCGGCUCUCUCGGGAUGUCCGCUUACGAAACGCGUAGUGCUCUCUUGA